GCGGUCCCCUCUUUUCCGAAUCAGCGGAGGCGGAAACUUGACACUUCGGACUUGGGAGUGGCUCUCUCCCGUCCCUGGUGCUUAAAAACUUCAGCCUUGAGGCUCUAGCUCGGCUUGCUUGCGCAUCUCAUCCCAACUCCUUUCCUGGUCUGUGAGGACAUCAGCUCCUACUUUGUGGUACUAAUGGCAGCGGAGCCGCUGACGGAACUGGAGGCAGCCAUUGAGACUGUGGUCACCACUUUCUUCACAUUUGCAGGGCGGGAAGGACGAAAAGGUAGCCUGAGCAUCAAUGAGUUUAAGGAACUGGUCACCGAGCAGUUGCCUCAUUUGCUAAAGGACGUGGGCUCUCUUGACGAGAAGAUGAAGAGCUUGGAUGUGAACCAGGACUCGGAGCUGAAGUUCAAUGAGUACUGGAGACUGAUUGGGGAACUGGCGAAGGAAAUCAGGAAGGAGAAAGCCUUGGAAAUCCGGAAGAAGUAAAGCCUGCUUGCUGGGAUGGGGGCCCAGCACGGCCUGCUGGGCAGGGCCAGGCAGAACUCCACUCCCCCAAAUAAAAACUUCCUUCUUGAAACACA